GGAGAUCGGCCGCCAUUUGUAAUCUGCGCGUGUGUUGUGUUUUGUAUCGGCGUGGGUGACCGUGCCGGUAAACUGGUCGGCGUUUUGUGUUCAUGUUGAAUGCGGGGGUGGCGAAAAUAGUGUGAUCUGGUGAUAACAUGCUAUUCAUCGCAUUGGGACAGUCCCACGGCGGUAGUUCUGGUUCUUUCAUGGAUCACUGGUGAACCCCUCGCCGAAGGGGAAAUUUCGGCUUGCAGACAUUGGGCGCAUCGCGAGCAAGCACGUCAAAGUGCCCGUACCCGGGAAAAAUUCGACUGCAAAGGACAAAGCGGUCACGAAUCAUAAGAAAACGAAAAGUGCGCCUGCCAUAACCCCUAUCACUCCCCCCGAAACUAUGAACCAUAUAGUGGAGCCGGAAAAUAAAGAACCAGAACAAGAUAGCAUAUACAAUAGUGUCGAAGACAUGGAAACUCAGGAAGCGGACUCUACAGACGCGGCGGCCGAGAAGCCGGCGGAGCGUCCGCCCGCCGAGCCGGAGCCGGACGGCGCGGCGCGGCCCGAGCUGAACGGCACCAGUGAGGUGUGCCUGGUAUCCACCACACAGGAUGCCGACAUGGAGGAGGACGAGGCGCGCUCGGAGGCCACCUUCUCCUUCUCGGUACCCAACUUCAGCAAGCUGAAGGAGUCGGUGUUCUCGCCGGCAUGCUACGUCCGCAAUCUGCCCUGGAAGAUUAUGGUGAUGCCGCGGAAUAACCCCGGCCAGGACAGGAAGCCGCAGCGCAGCCUCGGAUUCUUCCUGCAGUGCAAUGCCGAGUCGGAGUCGGCCUCGUGGAGCUGCCACGCCAGUGCCGAGCUGCGACUGCUCUCAGUCAAAGAGGGAGUCGAGGACUUCAAUAGGAAGAUCACCCACCUGUUCUACAGCAAGGAGAACGACUGGGGCUUCAGCCACUUCAUGACGUGGAACGAGGUGCUGGACGAGGAGCGUGGCUACAUCAAAAACGACACCAUCACCCUGCAGGUGAAGGUGAACGCGGACGCGCCGCACGGUGUCAGCUGGGACUCGAAGAAGCACACGGGCUACGUGGGCCUGAAGAACCAGGGCGCCACGUGCUAUAUGAACUCCCUGCUGCAGACGCUCUUCUUCACAAACACCAUCAGAAAGGCUGUGUACAAAAUGCCCACCGAGAACGACGACUCGUCCAAGUCGGUGGCGCUGGCGCUGCAGCGGGUCUUCUACGAGCUCCAGUUCUCCGACAAACCCGUGGGCACCAAGAAACUCACAAAGUCGUUCGGCUGGGAAACCAUGGACUCGUUCAUGCAGCAUGAUGUCCAGGAGUUUCUGCGUGUGCUUCUGGACAAACUGGAGAGCAAGAUGAAGGGCACCUGCGUGGAGGGCGUCAUCCCCAAACUGUUCGAGGGCAAGACAAUAUCGUACUGUCGGUGUAAGCACGUGGACUAUCAGUCCAGCCUCACCGAGACCUACUACGACAUACAGCUCAACAUCAAAGACAAAAAGAACAUCUACGAGUCGUUCAAGGACUACGUGGAACCACAGACGCUGGACGGCGAGAACAAGUACGCGGCGGGCGAGCACGGUCUCCAGGAGGCCGUGAAGGGCGUCAUAUUCGAGACGCUGCCGCCCGUUCUGCAUCUGCACCUGAUGAGGUUUCAGUACGACCCCAUCACAGACAGCAGCGUCAAGUUCAACGACAGGUUCGAGUUCCCGGACGUGCUGCGUCUGAACGAUUUUCUGCAGACGCCGGAGAGCACGCCGGCCGAGUACGUGCUGCACGCGGUGCUCGUCCACUCGGGAGACAACCACGGCGGCCACUAUGUGGUCUUCAUUAACCCCAGAGGCGACGGAAAGUGGUGUAAGUUCGACGACGACGUGGUGUCGCGGUGCACGCGCCAGGAGGCGAUCGACCACAACUUUGGCGGUCAGGACGAGGAGCUGAACCUGACGGUGCGCCACAGCACCAACGCCUACAUGCUGGUCUACAUCCGCCGCUCGCACCUGGCGGAGGUACUGCAGGAGGUCACCGAACAGGACAUCCCGCUGGAGCUGACUGAGCGACUGCAGGAGGAGAAGCGUCUGGAGGCGAUCCGGCGGCGGGAGAGGAACGAACAGCACCUCUAUAUGCCAGUACAGGUGGUUCUGGAGGACAGUUUCGAGGGUCACCACGGACCGGACCUGUACGACCCCGAGAAGGUCAACUACCGGACGUUCAGAGUGAAAAAGUCGGCCACGCUCCGAGAAAUGAUGGACCUCUUCUCAGAGACACUGAAAGUACCUGUGAAACACCUUCGGCCGUGGCCGAUGACGAUCCGCACCAACCAGACUAACCGACCCACGGUGAUCGACAUGGACGGAGACAUCCUGAAAAAGGUGUCAGACCUGGCCGACUCGAACUCUGCGUGGACGCUGUUCCUGGAGUGUCUGCCGGCCGACCAGCCGCCCACCGCCUCGCUGCCGCCGUUCGACAAAGACUGUGAUGUGCUCAUCUUCUUCAAACUCUACUGUCCGCGCACCAAGCAGAUUCACUACUGCGGCCACCAGUACAUACCCAUCUCCAGCAAAGUCCGCGAGCUGGUUCCCCUCCUCAACGAGCGGGCCGGCUUCCCUCCGGACACCGAGCUGCACCUGUACGAGGAGCUAAAACCGAACAUGGUGGAGCGUCUGGAGGAGCUGGAGACGUCGCUGGACAAGGCGCUGGACGAGCUGAUGGACGGAGACAUCAUCCUCUUCCAGAAGGCCGAGCAUGAGCCGUGCGACGGCGACCUGCCGACUGUCGAGGAUUACUACAAAGAUCUCUUCUACCGGGUGGAGGUGACGUUCUGCGAUAAGACGGUGCCGUCGGACCCGGGUAUUGUGAUCGAGCUCUCCCAGCGGAUGAACUACGAUCAGAUGGCGCGCGCCGUGGCGCUCCGGCUCGGCACCGACCCCUACAUGCUGCAGUUCUUCAAGGCGCAAAACUACCGGGAGGGUCCCGGUAACGCACUGCGCUGCACCUACGAGGGUACGCUCAAGGAUCUCCUGGUCGGCUACAAACCCAGGCAGCCCAAGCGCAUCUACUACCAGCAGCUCUCGAUCCGCAUCAACGAGCUGGAAAACAAACGGCAGGUCAAGUGUAUCUGGGUCGGUCCUCGCCUCAAGGAGGAGAAGGAGCUCGUGCUGUACCCGAACAAGGACGGCACGGUGGCAGACCUUCUCGAGGAGGCGGCCAAACAGGUGCAGCUCGCUGACGGCGGCUCGGGCCAGCUGCGACUCCUGGAGAUCGUCGGACACAAGAUAGUCAGUGUGGUGAAGGAGUUUACACACCUGGAUACCCUGCCGGUCGGCUCGGCCAAGGUGUACCGGGUGGAGGAGACGCCGCGUGACGAACUCAAACUAGAGGAGGACGAGCUGCUCGUGCCGUGCGCCCACUUCCAGAAGGAGAUCUUCUCCACGUUCGGUGUGCCCUUCCUGCUCCGAGUCAAAGACGGAGAGCUGUUUUCGGCAGUCAAAGAGCGGAUACAGAAGAAACUCGAGGUUCCAGACAAAGAGUUUGAAAAGUAUCGGUUCGCACUAGUGUCUCAGGCGACGCACAAGUUUGUGCCAGAGGAGGCCGACUGGCACCUCAGUCUACAGGAUAUUCGGCCCAAGAUUGGCUCAGGAUGGAUGAUCGGAAAGCUGACCGUUAUCAGGAAAUAUAAGAAUAUUGUGUUCGAGUUCCCGGACGUGCUGCGUCUGAACGACUUUCUGCAGACGCCGGAGAGCACGCCGGCCGAGUACGUGCUGCACGCGGUGCUCGUCCACUCGGGAGACAACCACGGCGGCCACUAUGUGGUCUUCAUUAACCCCAGAGGCGACGGAAAGUGGUGUAAGUUCGACGACGACGUGGUGUCGCGGUGCACGCGCCAGGAGGCGAUCGACCACAACUUUGGCGGUCAGGACGAGGAGUUGAACCUGACGGUGCGCCACAGCACCAACGCCUACAUGCUGGUCUACAUCCGCCGCUCGCACCUGGCCGAGGUGCUGCAGGAGGUCACCGAACAGGACAUCCCGCUGGAGCUGACUGAGCGACUGCAGGAGGAGAAGCGUCUGGAGGCCAUCCGGCGGCGGGAGAGGAACGAACAGCACCUCUACAUGCCCGUACAGGUGGUUCUGGAGGACAGUUUCGAGGGUCACCACGGUCCGGACCUGUACGACCCCGAGAAGGUCAACUACCGGACGUUCAGAGUGAAAAAGUCGGCCACCCUCCGAGAAAUGAUGGACCUCUUCUCAGAGACACUGAAAGUACCUGUGAAACACCUUCGGCCGUGGCCGAUGACGAUCCGCACCAACCAGACUAACCGACCCACGGUGAUCGACAUGGACGGAGACAUCCUGAAAAAGGUGUCAGACCUGGCCGACUCGAACUCUGCGUGGACGCUGUUCCUGGAGUGUCUGCCGGCCGACCAGCCGCCCACCGCCUCGCUGCCGCCGUUCGACAAAGACUGUGAUGUGCUCAUCUUCUUCAAACUCUACUGUCCGCGCACCAAGCAGAUUCACUACUGCGGCCACCAGUACAUACCCAUCUCCAGCAAAGUCCGCGAGCUGGUUCCCCUCCUCAACGAGCGGGCCGGCUUCCCUCCGGACACCGAGCUGCACCUGUACGAGGAGCUAAAACCGAACAUGGUGGAGCGUCUGGAGGAGCUGGAGACGUCGCUGGACAAGGCGCUGGACGAGCUGAUGGACGGAGACAUCAUCCUCUUCCAGAAGGCCGAGCAUGAGCCGUGCGACGGCGACCUGCCGACUGUCGAGGAUUACUACAAAGAUCUCUUCUACCGGGUGGAGGUGACGUUCUGCGAUAAGACGGUGCCGUCGGACCCGGGUAUUGUGAUCGAGCUCUCCCAGCGGAUGAACUACGAUCAGAUGGCGCGCGCCGUGGCGCUCCGGCUCGGCACCGACCCCUACAUGCUGCAGUUCUUCAAGGCGCAAAACUACCGGGAGGGUCCCGGUAACGCACUGCGCUGCACCUACGAGGGUACGCUCAAGGAUCUCCUGGUCGGCUACAAACCCAGGCAGCCCAAGCGCAUCUACUACCAGCAGCUCUCGAUCCGCAUCAACGAGCUGGAAAACAAACGGCAGGUCAAGUGUAUCUGGGUCGGUCCUCGCCUCAAGGAGGAGAAGGAGCUCGUGCUGUACCCGAACAAGGACGGCACGGUGGCAGACCUUCUCGAGGAGGCGGCCAAACAGGUGCAGCUCGCUGACGGCGGCUCGGGCCAGCUGCGACUCCUGGAGAUCGUCGGACACAAGAUAGUCAGUGUGGUGAAGGAGUUUACACACCUGGAUACCCUGCCGGUCGGCUCGGCCAAGGUGUACCGGGUGGAGGAGACGCCGCGUGACGAACUCAAACUAGAGGAGGACGAGCUGCUCGUGCCGUGCGCCCACUUCCAGAAGGAGAUCUUCUACGUUCGUUGUGCCCUUCCUGCCUCGAGUCAAGACGGAGAGCUGUUUUCGGCAGUCAAAGAGCGGAUACAGAAGAAACUCGAGGUUCCAGACAAAGAGUUUGAAAAGUAUCGGUUCGCACUAGUGUCUCAGGCGACGCACAAGUUUGUGCCAGAGGAGGCCGACUGGCACCUCAGUCUACAGGAUAUUCGGCCCAAGAUUGGCUCAGGAGUCAGGACCCCCCCCCCCCACACACACACACCCACUCACUUCCUCUUUUUUUCUCUCUUCCUCUCUGGCAGGUUCGAGUUCCCGGACGUGCUGCGUCUGAACGACUUUCUGCAGACGCCGGAGAGCACGCCGGCCGAGUACGUGCUGCACGCGGUGCUCGUCCACUCGGGAGACAACCACGGCGGCCACUAUGUGGUCUUCAUUAACCCCAGAGGCGACGGAAAGUGGUGUAAGUUCGACGACGACGUGGUGUCGCGGUGCACGCGCCAGGAGGCGAUCGACCACAACUUUGGCGGUCAGGACGAGGAGUUGAACCUGACGGUGCGCCACAGCACCAACGCCUACAUGCUGGUCUACAUCCGCCGCUCGCACCUGGCCGAGGUGCUGCAGGAGGUCACCGAACAGGACAUCCCGCUGGAGCUGACUGAGCGACUGCAGGAGGAGAAGCGUCUGGAGGCCAUCCGGCGGCGGGAGAGGAACGAACAGCACCUCUACAUGCCCGUACAGGUGGUUCUGGAGGACAGUUUCGAGGGUCACCACGGUCCGGACCUGUACGACCCCGAGAAGGUCAACUACCGGACGUUCAGAGUGAAAAAGUCGGCCACCCUCCGAGAAAUGAUGGACCUCUUCUCAGAGACACUGAAAGUACCUGUGAAACACCUUCGGCCGUGGCCGAUGACGAUCCGCACCAACCAGACUAACCGACCCACGGUGAUCGACAUGGACGGAGACAUCCUGAAAAAGGUGUCAGACCUGGCCGACUCGAACUCUGCGUGGACGCUGUUCCUGGAGUGUCUGCCGGCCGACCAGCCGCCCACCGCCUCGCUGCCGCCGUUCGACAAAGACUGUGAUGUGCUCAUCUUCUUCAAACUCUACUGUCCGCGCACCAAGCAGAUUCACUACUGCGGCCACCAGUACAUACCCAUCUCCAGCAAAGUCCGCGAGCUGGUUCCCCUCCUCAACGAGCGGGCCGGCUUCCCUCCGGACACCGAGCUGCACCUGUACGAGGAGCUAAAACCGAACAUGGUGGAGCGUCUGGAGGAGCUGGAGACGUCGCUGGACAAGGCGCUGGACGAGCUGAUGGACGGAGACAUCAUCCUCUUCCAGAAGGCCGAGCAUGAGCCGUGCGACGGCGACCUGCCGACUGUCGAGGAUUACUACAAAGAUCUCUUCUACCGGGUGGAGGUGACGUUCUGCGAUAAGACGGUGCCGUCGGACCCGGGUAUUGUGAUCGAGCUCUCCCAGCGGAUGAACUACGAUCAGAUGGCGCGCGCCGUGGCGCUCCGGCUCGGCACCGACCCCUACAUGCUGCAGUUCUUCAAGGCGCAAAACUACCGGGAGGGUCCCGGUAACGCACUGCGCUGCACCUACGAGGGUACGCUCAAGGAUCUCCUGGUCGGCUACAAACCCAGGCAGCCCAAGCGCAUCUACUACCAGCAGCUCUCGAUCCGCAUCAACGAGCUGGAAAACAAACGGCAGGUCAAGUGUAUCUGGGUCGGUCCUCGCCUCAAGGAGGAGAAGGAGCUCGUGCUGUACCCGAACAAGGACGGCACGGUGGCAGACCUUCUCGAGGAGGCGGCCAAACAGGUGCAGCUCGCUGACGGCGGCUCGGGCCAGCUGCGACUCCUGGAGAUCGUCGGACACAAGAUAGUCAGUGUGGUGAAGGAGUUUACACACCUGGAUACCCUGCCGGUCGGCUCGGCCAAGGUGUACCGGGUGGAGGAGACGCCGCGUGACGAACUCAAACUAGAGGAGGACGAGCUGCUCGUGCCGUGCGCCCACUUCCAGAAGGAGAUCUUCUCCACGUUCGGUGUGCCCUUCCUGCUCCGAGUCAAAGACGGAGAGCUGUUUUCGGCAGUCAAAGAGCGGAUACAGAAGAAACUCGAGGUUCCAGACAAAGAGUUUGAAAAGUAUCGGUUCGCACUAGUGUCUCAGGCGACGCACAAGUUUGUGCCAGAGGAGGCCGACUGGCACCUCAGUCUACAGGAUAUUCGGCCCAAGAUUGGCUCAGGCUCCUCGACUCUCUCCUGGCUGGGUCUGGAGCACAUGAACAAGACGCCAAAGCGCUCCCGAUACAACUACCUGGAGAAGGCCAUCAAGAUCUACAAUUGA